UUGUUGAGCCAGCAUUACUUAGUUUAUUAGCGCCAUCUUCUGGAGAGACAGUGUAUAACAUUGCUCUUACGCGUGACCUUUGCAGGUUCAUCAAUGAAAGUGCAAAUCAAGGGUUUGUCUUACGACGGAUCCAUUUGCUCUUCUUGUUCAGUAAAAGGCGAUGUCAUUGAUUUUUUUUUUUUUUUUCUCCAGGUUUCAUUGACUCCAAGGCCUCUCUCGCUCGCUCGCUCUCUCUCUCUCGCUCUCCAUGACAACAGAGCAAAGUCCAUCUGCUGCUUAAACGUUCCACCAGAGCAGCCACUACAUGGCAAUUUUGCAUAGAAGCUUUGCACGACAAGCGACGGAAGUGUGGAGCGGAAGAAGAAGAAAAAACAGAAAAUGAUGAGGUCCAGCAUUUCCAAAAAUGCAGUUGCAAAGUUAGAGCAUGAUAUCUGCGAGAUCCUCCGUGACCUGAACAAUUUUGCUUUCAGUGACCCGCCCACCAACUGCAUCAGAGCAGGAGUCCUGAGGUACCACCGUGAGUCUGACAACCCCCAACUCGCCAACGCAGCUGCACAUUUAGAGCCUCCGUUUGAGUGCCCGAUAAAAUGUGAAUACUGCCAUAGGACCGCCAGGCCUGUACUGGAUGUGAGAUGGGAAGACGAGAUGCAGGCGGUGUCGGCCUUUUGCUGUGCCCAGCGCAGGAGGCUAUGCAUGGCCUUGGUGAGGAAGAGGCCCUCGGCAGAUGACUUGGCCUGGCGGGAAGAAAAGCCCAGCGACCUGGCAGACGCGCUGCUCGGAAACAAAGACAAAAAGAACGGCCAAAAUAUUAGUGACCUUUCCCGUGGACUCAUGGAACUGGCAGGGUUGAGGCGUGACAACGCCUCGCAACAGGCAGAACCCCCCGCAGAAGCCAAAAUCCUCAGCUUCAGGCUCGCCGGUACCCCAGAAGAGGGCGGCUGGAUGCUCACGGACGUUGCUGAGAAUGUUGUGCAAGUCAAAAAGGAGGAGACCAAGUUUGCUUGUGACCACAAGCCACCUCUGUUUGGCAUAUGUCAUCAAAAGGAAGGAGAAUUUCAACAGAAACGUUACACGGACGGCAGGACCUUUCUUAACUUGUUCCCGGACGGCUCUGCUCAGCUCUAUUAUCCGGGCCAUAUCUUGGCUCUCGUCUUUGUCGUCACCAAAAAGAAGGAAAGGGUUUGCAUCGUGUACGACAACAACCCCAAGCCGCCCAGAGCCAUCCGAGCCAUCUUCCAGUGUAACGGCACGGCCACGUGUUACCACAGCAACGGAAACAUAUGGUUGAAUCUCAACAGUUCCGGUGGUCAGUGUUUGGACGAGACGGGUGCCAGGGUCCGUCGCUGGAGCUGGAAGACGCUGCCGCCGCCUCAUCUGCCUCCUCUCUUCUUGUCCCUCAACAAGCACAUUGGGGUGCGAGUCCUGGGGAAGGAUCACAUUUUUGUCUCCUUCCUGGCCAAUGGGCAACAGGCCCGGUGUAGUGUGGGCAGCUGCAGCGCUCAGUGUAAAUGCACGAGAGAGAUGCCGACGAGCGGACCUUUGCUGCUGAAGGACGAGCUGUUUGUGCUGGCCGCUCGGGUGAAGAUCCACCUGUGCAUCCAGCAUCUCAACUGGAGCCUUCCGAGACCUCUGCACCAGAAGAUCACGCCGACCCAGAGCAUCCGCGUCUUCGGCAAAAAGCUGCUGGAGGUCAGCACCAAGGUCCUGAUGAGCCAGCACGAGCGUGCCUUCAUCAGGGGCUGCCUCCAAGACUGUCUCUAACGGAAGAAGCUGCGUCAUAGUUAUCGUCGGUUUUUAUUCACUCUUUGCAAGUUAUAAAAAUGCCUCCCAAAUC